AUGGCUAAAGGGCAGCCUCUGGUUCCUGCAUUGUUCAUAUUUGGGGAUUCAGUGUUUGAUGUGGGCAAUAAUAACCACUUAUACACCAUUGUUAAAGCAAACUUCCCUCCUUAUGGAAGAGACUUCAAAAAUGGAAGUCCAACAGGGAGGUUUUGCAAUGGAAAGCUUGCAUCAGACUACACAGCUGAAAACCUUGGAUUUACCUCUUACCCGCCAGCUUACCUCAACUUAAAGGUCAAAGGAAUAAACCUCUUGAACGGUUCCAACUUUGCCUCAGCUGCUUCUGGCUACUAUGAUGCCACAGCUAAGCUUUAUCAUGCAAUUCCAUUGAGCCAACAGUUGGAACACUACAAAGAGAGCCAGAAUAUAUUGAUGGGAAUAGUAGGGCCGUCAAAUGCUUCAUCAAUUAUAUCUGGUGCUGUAUAUCUUAUCAGCGCUGGAAACAGUGAUUUUAUUCAGAACUAUUAUAUAAAUCCACUGCUUUACAAAGUUUACACAGCUGAUGAAUUCUCAGAUAUUCUCAUGCAACACUACACCAGUUUCAUUCAGGCAUCAAGGAAGAUUGGCGUCACAACAUUGCCUCCUAUGGGUUGUCUUCCAGCAGCCAUCACGCUCUUUGGCUCCGAUAGCAAUGACUGUGUGGUUAGACUCAACAGUGAUGCUGUUAACUUCAAUAAGAAGCUAAACACUACAUCUCAAAGCAUUCAAAAAUCACUUUCUGGUCUGAAAUUGGUCAUCCUUGAUAUCUACCAACCUCUCUAUGACCUUGUCACUAAGCCUGCUGAAAAUGGUACACUUUCUAAGUUUCUAACACAGAUAAGUCUAGAAAGCCAACCUUAUCAUGCAAAGCUCAUGAACUAG